AGCCCGAUGGGGACGCGCAGGCCGCGUUCGGCGGCUGACCCGCGGAGCGCCGAGCGGAGCCGAGGUGCCUGAAGCGCUCCCCGGCCGGGCAGAGCCGGGCCCGCAGUGCUGCCCGGCCUCUCCGUGCCACUCGGGAAUGAGUGGAGCCGCAUUCCCGUCUCCAGCUGCCGAGAUGGCAGAAAUGAACCGCCUUCAGUAUGAGAUGGAAUACACAGAAGGGAUCAGUCAGCGCAUGAGGGUCCCCGAAAAACUCAAAGUAGCUCCUCAAAAUGCUGACCUUGAAAAGGACAUGCCAGAAGGAUUUCCAAAUGCCAGUGUAACUAUGCAGGUUCCAGAGCGGAUUGUAGUGGCAGGUAAUAGUGAAGACAUUCCAUUUUCCAGACCAGCAGACCUUGACAUUCUUCAGUCUACUCCAUUCAAACCACUGGCACUGAAAACUCCUCCCCGUGUUAUUUCUCUUAGUGAUCGACCGCUAGAUUUUUUGGACCUAGAAAAACCUCCACAGCAGACACCUCAAAGUGAAGAGGUCCGCUCAGUGGGAAGACUGAAGAGAGAACGUUCCAUGAGCGAAAACGCCACGCGGCAGAACGGCCAACUGGCCCGGAAUGACUCCAUGUGGCACAGAUCAGAUACUGUCCCAAGAAAUAAAAUGCCACGGUUCCAGUCACCUCUUUCGACUAAGGAUUGCACUGUGACACCAUCACUGCAACAGGCUCGUGUCUGUCCUCCCAAUAUGUUACCUGAAGACGGAACUAAUCUUUACUCUGCUCGUGGCAUUUUGUCGUUUAUCCAGUCUUCCACUCGUAGGGCUUACCAGCAGGUCUUGGAUGUGCUGGAUGAAAACCGCAGCUUGGACAAGGACAAUAGGCCAGUGUUACGUGGUGGGUCAGCUGCUACCACUUCCUCUAACCCUCAUCAUGACAACACCAGAUAUGGUCUCACCAACUUCGACACGACACUUGAGGGAACGCCAGAUGACAUGACAGUUGUGGAUGCUGCUUCCUUAAGAAGACAGAUAAUCAAACUUAAUCGCCGUCUACAACUUCUGGAAGAAGAGAACAAAGAGCGAGCCAAGAGGGAAAUGAUCAUGUACUCAAUUACUGUAGCUUUCUGGCUACUCAAUAGCUGGCUUUGGUUUCGGCGCUAGACAUGGCUAUCGGAAAGAUUUCAUAGUUGAAAACACAAACAAUUUGCAAAACUCCUUAUUUCUGUUUCUGAAAUUGUAUGCUGUUUUAUAAUUCAUACACUGGAAACUUCCACCACAGAUAAAGGCUCUAGAAUUGCAGUGUUAAAGGGACACCUUGUUGUUCAGUUGUAACGUAUUUAAUAGAUUUGCAUUGCAAAUACUGCGGUAUCCUCCUUUGCAUGCUUCUGUGUAAACAUGGAUCAGCCCAUGGGAAGUUUGCUUCAUGCAGUGUAAGGACUCCUGAGUAAUCUCCAGGACUCACCACUGGAGGUUUUGUUGUGGCGGGAAGAGAACAAAUAGAAUGGAUUUGGAAAAAAAAAUACAAGAACAAAGGAAUACAAAUUCAUUUUUAUUGUUCUGUUGUUAGAUGCAAUUAAACAAUUGCACUAGUUUUCCUUUAGUCCAAGUAGUUUGAGGUGUGCCAUAAUCAAGGAGUGUGUCCUGUUUAUGAGUAUGUUCCUUGUUUAAGUAUUGUUUGGGUCGAAUAAUAAAAGGAAUUCUUUGCUAACAUGCA